AUGUCGUCUGUUGAUCCACCUUCCACCUCCGCGUCCAACACGAAUCCCGCGGACGACGACCUCGACCCCGCUGCGUUCAUCAGAUCUGUCCGCGAACUGUCUGAGAAACGAGAAAGAGAAGACGCCGAACGAUAUCGCAAACUGGAAGAAGAGGUUGCGCAGGGAAGACGGGAGAGAGCGGCGCGGCGAGCUGAACGCGCGCGGUCAAUCAGUCCGGAGAAGCUCGAUAUCGCAUCCACUGCACCUCUGGAGUCAUCGCCAGAUGUCACUCGUUUCGAACCGAUAAACACGCCGACCGCAAUGGAUUCCUCAGCGCCAGAAUCGCCUACGAAGGACAUCCCAGAAUUCAAGGGCUUUGGGUCACGAACAUCAUCCGCGGACACAGCAGCGCCUGCGCGUGCAGAAUCUUCCGCAUCGAAGCCAUCGCAGAGCGCAUCGAGCCUGGCUCGAUCGGGCACGCUGUCAUGGCAGCAGAGGCCGAGUUCAAGAGGUGGCGGAAGCAGUAGCAGGCCGAAGUCAAUGGUCCUUCCGGACACCAGUAGACCUACGAGCAGUAGCAGUAGUGCAGCAGCCACGGACGCUGAGCCUUCACGCGACCAAAUCGCGGCAUCGCUUGGGUCAAGAGACCCUUCAUGGUUCAGGCAGACUGCGGACAGAGGGAUGGGGAGCGCAGCAUACAGGAGGAGCAAAGAUGAAACAGGGUCAGCCUCUCCGGACACCUUCUCGUCGGGCAGACGAGGUCUUCCUGGCAUGUCAAGAGAACUACCGCUUGAGCCUACAGAAGCUACAAGUCCAGCACCCUCAGACAGCAUCGCAUCAGAGACGGCGUCUCGCGGUGGCUCUGUGAGGGGUAGCACCGUCUCGAGUGCAGGCUUCUCGACCGUGCGGACAUCGACCAGCAGCAAGCCCGACCUGAAAUCUCUCAUUGCGGCGGACCAAGAGCAGGAGAAGGCUGCGCCUUCCUCAGACUACGCAUCUUCCAUCACAGACGGAGAGCAAGCAAAGACUGGCCGCACAUUGACCAUGUCGUCUUCACAAGCUCGUUUGGCUGAGGCUACAGAGCGGCCAUCGUCUCCUACCAAAGGCCAGGGCGGUUUUGUACGGAGCGCGAUGAUGAGAAGGGGAGACAGCGUCAGCAAGCGAUGGAGCGCACAACCUGGUCCAAGUCUGAGCAGAGAAAAUUCCAUCGCCAGUGCGAGGAGUGGCUUUGGAGGACUCACAGGAUCGUACAGCGUGCCGAAACUCGAGCCCACGCCAAGCAGCAGAGAGACGAGCAAUGAGCCAUCUUCUCAACCGACUUCAAGCAGCACCAACGUCAGCAACAUGACCGCGACCCAAGACGACAAGGAUGUCUUCGUCAAGCCUUCGCUUCCUCGAGCCCAUAGCAGGAGCAAGUCGAUCGCUUCCAACUACAGUACCACCGCGGAGGAAGGCCACACCUCACCUUCUUCAAGCCCAUCGAAGCGGUGGAGCCCGCAAAAGUCGAGCUGGCUUGAGAGCGCAAUUACGAAGCCAGACUCUCCUAAACCUGCACCGGCAGCACGGAACAGCCAGCCGAGCUGGAUGGCUGACAUCGCAAAGGCCAAGGCUCAGAAAGCCAGUGGGGGUGACACUACGCCAAAGCCGGCCGAAGAUGCGGGCUCAAGACCAGGUUCGCCAACCAAAGCGCCGUUUGGUCAGGGGAUGCUCAAGCGGUCGGAGUCAAGGGAUCGGGGCACGCCGCGAAGCUCGACGCCUAAGCCUGUUGAAGGGCCGACUUCCAGGCCGGCGUCUCCAACUAAGGCAUACUCUGAUCGAAAGACGUUACAGCGGCUAGACUCGAGAGAUCUGGGUGCUGCGCGGAGCUUGACUCCAAAGCCGCUGGAUGUGUCGACACCGAGGUCUGGGUCGCCUACCAAGGUAGGCUUUGGGCAGUCUUCAAGCCAGAGAGACUCGCAAAGCUUGUCAAGGUCUUCAAUGCCCCUCGCACGACCGAGCAUUGACCAGCCUGCUGCCAAAAUUUCAGACAUCUCAGCACCAUCAGUCAAGCCAGGCCCUGUGCAAACUACAGACGCUGUACCAGAGGCUACCUUGCAGAAGGACGAUACGAAGCCGAUGCCGCCUUCGGAGAGCACUCAAGUGUCCACGGAAGCACCUGCACCAACCGCGGUCAAGCCAGCCCGGCCUAUAGAUCUCAAGCCCAAGCCAGAAGCUCCGCCCAAACCUCGGACAGACUUUCGAAGCACACUUCGCGCCCGUGCUCCAACAGAGUCAAAAACACAAGAGACACCCGAAUUCCUUUCAAAGUUUGGCCAGCUCAAGAAGACCGAUACCCAGAACUACGUUGCGCCGGAUGUUCUCAAGGACAACAUAUUGCGUGGCAAAUCGGACCUCGCAAAGACCGGUGGACCGGUGAAAACGCAAAGGAGAGAUGAGCUCAAAGAGUCUCUGCUGGCUAAGAAGGAGCAGUGGCAGAAGGAGAAAGAUGAGGGUGUCGUGCAUGAGCGGAAGGUUAGCAACCCACCGCAAACACCACAGAAGCCGGAGGCACUGGCCAAGCGUGAGAUGAUGGGCCGACCUGAAGGUGUGAAGAUGGCGGCGAGCCCCGAGAAGCCGAAGACUGCUACACCUGAAGCACUUGCCCGACACAAGAGCUUAAAGGAUAAGCCCAAGUCCGAGGUUGCAAUGCCUGAAUUGGAGAAGCAGACGAGCGCUCCUGCCAGCAGCAAUGUGCAACCUGUACAGACCAAGCAGGCGAGUGAGACGAGCAGGAUGGCUGCGCGGUUCAAUCCAGGUCUAGCAGGCAUCCUUGCUCGUGGCCCCCCGCAAGCAAGCAGUGGCUCGAACCCAUCCUCUCGACCUGAGAGCUCGGCAGCGGCACCUCGCUCCUCAACACCUCUUCCGAGUCCACCAUCUGAGCCACCUGCCGAAGGAGCCCAGCUCCAGGACAUGCGGAAAGGGCGUGCGAAGGGUCCGAAGCGGCGCAAGGGUGGUGCUCCAGCUGUUGAGCCCGACACCACUGCGUCGGCGAUUGCCGAGCCUUCUCCACCGCCGAUGAACACUCAAGCUACACCGGAUUUCGAGCAGCGAGCUCGCGUGGAAGCAGAGCCUCCUCUGAACGAGAAGACUAAGCCUCGCGCUUUGCCUGGCUCAGCUGCCUCGCUUAUGGUGUCUUCCUUACAAAAGCGGGCGCCCUCACCAGAGAAGCCGCAGUCAACGGCAGCGGUACCCUCGCCGGUUGCGCCAUCAACGCCAAAGGUCGCAGAUGAUAAGCCUACGCUCCCGGCCAAGAGUUCAUUAAUCGGCCUGACACGGAGACCCGAGAAUGCUCAAGCUACCCCUUCGCAGAGCCCCGUCGUUGGCUCGAAACCAUCCACACUUCAGCAACGACCUGCUGAGGUUCCCAAGGCAGAUGUUCCGGAGUUCAAAGGUUUCGGCCCAGUCAAGAGAGCUACAGCUGGCCGUGAAGACAACAAGGAGAACGCGGACGAGAGCUCACCUUCUGUCAAGUCCGCAGCCUCGAUGUGGGGAAGGCCUGCCUCAGCUUCUUCGCAAAAGGUAGCAAUGUCCUCUCAGAUCCAGCUGCCUUCGAAGCGGGAUGAGGAGGCGGCGAUGAGAUCUGCUGGUUUGCUGGCUUCCAGCCCCAGUCGCCCGACAUCCAGCAAUGGUCCCUCCGGUUCGCCCAAUCGCGCUAACGAUAGCAUGGAUAUGUCUCCCUCUGUUGGUGCUCCUCCGAAGCCCAACAAGCCUUCAAGAGUUGUCAGCGGGCAGCUCUUGGAGGCUUCUCCGAGCAAAGGCUUAGCCACUUCGCCUGAGCGGCCCACACACGAGACCAAACGGAAGCUUGAAGAGGCCUUCGGCUCCGUCCCCAGAUCCUCCGGCCCUCUGACCAUCGACGUCAACGCCCUAAUCACAAGCAGCCCCCACCAAGAUCGCAUCUUCCGCACCGUCCGCAAAACUGUCUACCUUGCCACCGAAGCCAAUGAUCUCAAGCAGCUCCAACCGCAGGAAGACUACACCUUCUUCGACGAGCGCGUGUACGCUUGCCACCACACCUACGCCAUCGGCGACGGCCCGAAGAAGAACGAAAUAUUCCUUUGGGUCGGCGAGCUGGCGUCCGGUGACGCUGUUGAUCAGGCGCAAGCGGCUGUUAAGAAGUUGGCUAAAGAGGCUGGGAACGCUUUCGUGCACACUGUGCGCCAAGGCACUGAGAUACCUGGUUUCUUGCAGGCGCUUGGUGGGAUUCUGGUUACCAGAAGGGGCGCGGGGGAGAGGUCGAGUAGGCAGUAUAUGCUUUGUGGACGGAAACAUUUGGGGCAGAUCGUUUUUGAUGAGGUGGAUUUUGCUGUCGGGAGUUUGUGUUCGGGGUUCGUGUACCUGGUCUCGUACCCGGUGACGUUGCAAGAGACGAGGCUGUAUCUCUGGAAAGGCUCUGCGUGCUCUGCCGAGGAGAUCAGCGCUGCGAGGUUGGCUGCGAUGGAUCUCAGCGAAACCCGCGACGUGAUCGAAGUCGACGACAAAGCGGAGUUCGCUAGCUUCUUGAAGAUCUUCGGCCCCGAUACGACGAGGGACAGCGUGCCCAAGGCUGAGCAGAUAUGGCAAGUCAAAGCUCAGGAUUCUGGCCGAUUCUCCUCCCGCCUCUUCCGUAUACAGGCGGAGGAGACGAAGCAAGGUUUCUUCGGCGGCAUGUUCACUCGACGACCCAGCUGGAACAGCCAGUCGCCUGCUCGCAAUCCUGCUGUGAAUGUCAAGGUCUCCGCGCAGGAGAUCAGCCCGUUCACGCAAGCGGAUCUGGAUGUUGACGGGAUAUACCUGCUCGAUGCGCAUAGUGAGCUCUGGAUUCUGCUUGGGCCGAUGUUCGCUUCGCAGCCGGAACAUGUGAAGAACGCGCUGUUCGGGCAGACGCUGCUGUUGGCUUCGGAGUAUGCUUUGGCUGCGACUUCGCUUGAGGAUCGACCGAGCGUGCCGAAGGGGAUGGUGUUGCUUUCGGGCACGCCGGCGCAUUUCAAGAUGCUGUUUAGACAUUGGGAUGACACAGGUCUUUGGGGGACGGGAAGGUUGAUGGCGGGGUCGAGGGGCCAGGAUGAUGUUGAUGUGUUGGAGUUGGAGGAGGUUAUGGGUGUUGCUUGUGAUGAGUGA